AUGAGCUUUUCCUUAUCCGUCUCACUCAUUGCCUUGGGAUCCCCAAACCCCUGCUGCCCCUGCCACACGAACUUGUCUGAAGCUCUCAUGUGUAUCCCAAUCACCGCCACCCUAUGGCCCUUGCGCGAAUGGCUAGUGGUGAGAGGUUGGAGGGGGGCGGAGGGAGAGGAGGAGGAGGAGGAGGAGGAGGAGGAGGAGGAGGAGGAGGAGGAGGAGGAGGAGGAGGAGGAGGAGGAGGAGGAGGAGGAGGAGGAGGAGUUGAGAGGGGCGAGCAGUUGA